CAGGAGAUCCUCCGAAGCCUGCCGGUGGAAGAGCGAGCAUCUGGCAACGAUUCCGUUCCCUCAGAGUCCAAUAGCAGCCAAGGUCGUCCGAGCAAGUUCAGAUGAACCCUGCCUCUGCUCAGACCGGCAGCGAGUGCGCCCCGCAGUCCUCUCCGGUCGGCCGCUGGCGAUUCUGCAUCAAUCAGACAAUAAGGAACAGAGAGGGGCAGACGCCGGCUGCUACCGACAAGGAGAACGCUAAGGAGACGUGCCCCCAGGGUGGAACACUGGCUGCUGAGAGCCAGGGUCCCAAUGCCAGCCCAAAGGACAGCGCGGCACUGGAAUGCCCUGGCUCGAAACCUGAAUGGCUGGUGGAAGGAGACACAGAGAAGCCAGCAUCUCUCCCUCCCAAUGACAGCUGGGCCGGGCCGGAGACAGGAGAGCCCCCUGCCCCACAGCCUGGUGACGGCCCUGUCAGCUUGGCGGUGGCCCCCGCUGGCGAGCCGCCCCUCCUGACUGAGGUCCCGGCGUCCGAGUACCAGUCCCAGCAGCUUCUGCAAGGAGACGCCUCUCCAAGCUCCAAGGCCGGGCAGGUGCAGACGCCCGGCUCAGAACCGGCCCCGCUGCCCCCCUCGGUGCCAGAAUCUGACGGCGAGGGGCCGCCCAAGAUGGAUUUUGUCGACAACCGAAUCAAAACCCUGGAUGAGAAGCUAAGGACGCUGCUCUACCAAGAGCACAGCUACUCUGAGAGCCAGAAGGACACGCAGAGCACAGAGUCCCCGCUCUCCUCGGCCGAGGAUACGCUGUCCUGUGCCGGGCCAGAAGCGCCAGCUGCUAGCCCCUCCCUGGGAGCACUAGGGAGCCCAGCGGAGUCCCAGGGAACUGACAUCUCCGAGGGGUCUCCGCUGCCCCCCCCCGAGCCUGCCAGCCAGCCUGCUGGCUCGCCAGCGGUGAGACAGGACCCCGACGUCAUCACGGUCGCACCCAGGGAACUCUGUCUGCUUGAGCCGUCUCCGGAGCCUUCCUCCCCGCUGAACCCCGAGGCCUGCCCUGCUGCGGUGGCCAGCGUCGGAGCCCUUCAUCUGCAGACAGGAGCAGAGGCAGAGGAGAUGAGGACGGAGGGGGCUGCCAAGCAGGCCAGGGAGAACGAAGCCAGGGGGAGAUGGAGAUCGGCUUCGGUGUCCUAUCAGCGAGGCCGCUUCCAGGUCACCGCCGUGCCGCAGCAGCCAGCUCCGCAUGUGGCAGACGCCGGGCCUGACGCUGCCAGGCUGGAGGAGCCUCAGGCGGACGAUCCAGGCACCCCCCCACCAAGAGAGUCACUCCUAUGGGCCAGCCCGGCCUGUGAGACGGACGCCUCUUCCCUCACCCCGGAGCGGGAGCCAGAGGAGCUGUCGGCCACGGGGAGCAGCACAGAGCCAUGGGCCGAGGGGCCUGUCCGGAGGCAGCCCAGCUCCGACAGCGAGCUGGGCCCUGAGGAGUCGGGGAAGAUCUUGGGGUCCGGCAGGGAGCGGCGCCCCCCGACGGCCGAGGACCGCGCCUGCCACGGGGCCAAGCGCCGCAGCUCCCUCUUCCUCUCGGCCUCCUCGCCCAUGAGCAGCGACGACGAGUCUGAACUCGAGGACGAGGACCUGAAGGUGGAGCUGCAGCGGCUGCGGGAGAAACACGUCCAGGAGGUGGUGACGCUCCAGGCCCAGCAGAGCCGGGAGCUGCAGGAGCUGUACACACGCCUGCAUGCCCUCAAAGACAGCAAGCCCGAGCUGGCGGAGCUGGCCCUGCAGCCCGCCUCCCCCCGCCGGCCUCGCUCCUUCAAAAGCAAACUGCGCAGCCGGCCCCAAGUCCUGACGCACUCCGAGAACUGUAUUGUCACUACCGAGUGCUGCUGCACGACCACUGCCGCCUCCAUGAUUGACUAUCAGCUGAGCAUCCAGGCCCGCCUGCUGCAUCAGAGCUGUGCCCCAGGGGAGCCCAGCCCAGAGCAGCUGUGCGGCGGCCGCGCUGCCUCCUGCCAGCAGUCCCCAGCCAGCAAGAAGGGGAUGUUCACCGAUGACCUGCACAAGCUGGUGGACGACUGGACUAAGGAGGCGGUCGGGAACGCCCUCCUGAAACCCAGCCUGAACCAGCUCAAACAGAGCCAGCACCGGCUGGACGGGGACAGCUGGAGCAAAGCCUGCGAGAACACGUCAGCGUCCGUGGGCUACAGCUCCACCUGGAUUUCCUCCCUCUCCCAGAUCCACGGGACUGUGCCGGCCUCCUUGCCCCCCGGACUGGCCCUCCCGGCUUUCUCCAGCGUCCUGCCACCCUAUGGAGUACCCCACGUCUGCCAGUACAAUGCCAUGGCAGGGGCGGCUUACCCAAUGCAGUGGGUGGGCAUUUCGGGGAUGGCUCAGCAGUCAGUGGUUGUCCCCUCCCCACCUGUCGGACCCUUCCAGCCAGGGGGCAGCAUGCUGGGAUUCCCAGCCUCCCCGGUCCCUAACCCAGCUACCAUCCCGCCUGGUCCCAAAUGAAGCCGGAGCAGGCAGCUGGAGGCAGAAAUCCCCCGUUGUGGCCUGCAAACCAUGUGGAGACGCCCAGUCUGCCAGCGGAGGCGAUUUGGCUCGGGCGCGGUUCCUAUCCUCCCGGAAUACUUGAUUUGAUUUGAAUUUUGUAACCAGCUUUGGAGACUUCGGCUCCUGCGUCUCAUGCCCCCGAGAUGUGAUGGCUUCAAAAAGAAACCUCCAUUUCCCCCCUCUGGCAGAGAAGCUGCCUGCAUCUUUUCAAUGGCAGACGUCAUGGUGGGGAGGAGUUUCUGAUUUGGUUCUUAAGUUAGUUGAUGGAAAAAGUGCUCCUAGAACUCACGGCGGUUUGAGCCGCGGCCGGGAAGUUUUGAUCAGUGCAGCUCGCUUCUGCCGAGUUCUAAAGACCUUCUGAGCCUGAGCCAGGAGCGUUGGGGACCGAGAAAGGGUUUCCUUGAUCUCGCUGGGUCAGGAAUUCAGGGCAGCUCUGUGCAAAGCCAGCUGCUAUUUCCUUGUUCCUCACACGCACACUGAUUUGGGCAGCUGAGAGAUGCUUGGGGAGUUGUGUGUUUCCUGUUGAAACGAGUUCUGGUUUGGUUAUUUUUGCAGAGUGGCGGGAGUUGCUGGGAGGGGGCUGUUUUAAAUCUCUUCGGAUCUCGGUCACCCAUGUGGGACACAGAUUUGGAGGUGCAAAAUUAGACACGGCAACAGGGUGGUGUGCACCUUGGUGCUGUAGGGAAUUUGGGAGCAAACACAGUGAAUUGGGCCCUACCCAACCCCUGUGUUUUUGCAGCUGCCCUUGUUUGGAAAAGCCUGCCUUUUGGAAGCACCAGCUUCCAAUGUUUUUCUGUCUUAGGCACAUUUGAAAAUACUGCCUCAAGUCCUAUUUUCGAAAGGGACUUUUCUGGAUUUUCAGAGGUUGAAACAGUUCAGCGGCUUCACUCAUUGAUUUCAAUCAAAUUUAGCUGCCUAACUUGCUUUGUGACUGUGCCGGUAGCUGGCUGUUUGCAUCUCUACACUCCUAAAUACCUUUGAAAAUCAGCUCCUAUGUCUCUUUUGAAAUUGGCACUUCGGAAAAUUUCAUCCCACGUCAUCCCGGCUUUGCUCUAAUAGCUCAUAUCUGACCCCUUUUGGGCUCUGAAACCUUAAGUCCAGCAACCUGAACAACAUUGGGGUCCCGCACACACUCGACUUCACUUCAUGAUUUGGAGAACGUUCGAAACUGCUCACCUUCAGUGAGUCUGUUUCUUUUUACUGUUCUUUGCCUUUGCAGCCUGCCUCCGAGGCCUGGGGUUGUAGACUAGCAUGUCCCGAUUGCAGCCCUGCCGUGGCUGUGCUAGGAGGGAGCUUUCACAGUAAGAGACUAGUUGAGGCUAAUGUGAA